AUGGGUUACGAAGAUUCUGUCUACCUCGCCAAGCUCGCUGAGCAGGCCGAGAGAUACGAAGAAAUGGUAGAGAACAUGAAGUCCGUUGCUUCUGAGGACCAAGAAUUGUCCGUCGAAGAGCGAAAUCUCCUAUCUGUCGCCUACAAGAAUGUCAUUGGCGCUCGCCGUGCUUCGUGGAGAAUCGUCACCUCGAUCGAGCAAAAGGAGGAGUCGAAAGGCAACUCAUCCCAAGUUGGACUCAUCAAGGAGUACCGUCAAAAGAUCGAGGCCGAGCUCGCAAAGAUCUGCGAAGAUAUCCUCGAGGUUCUUGACAAGCACCUGAUUCCUUCCGCCAAGAGCGGAGAAUCAAAGGUUUUCUACCACAAGAUGAAGGGAGAUUACCACCGUUACCUUGCCGAGUUCGCCAUUGGCGACAAGCGAAAGGAGUCUGCCGACAAGUCCCUUGAGGCCUACAAGAACGCAACCGAAGUUGCUCAGACCGACCUUGCGCCAACACACCCCAUUCGUCUUGGUCUUGCCCUCAACUUCUCCGUUUUCUAUUAUGAGAUUCUUAACUCGCCCGACCAGGCAUGCCACCUCGCCAAGCAGGCAUUUGAUGAUGCUAUUGCUGAACUUGAUACCCUCAGCGAGGAAAGCUACAAAGACUCCACAUUGAUCAUGCAGCUCCUGAGAGACAACUUGACCCUCUGGACUUCCUCCGAGGCCGAGCCAACUGCUGAGACAAGCAGCGCGGCGCCUGCCGAGUCCAAGGAGGCCCCUGAGGCUGCUGCCCCAUCGGAGACUAAGGCUGAGGCUGAGUAG